GGAGCCCCAGCAUCUAAUUUCAUCCAUGAAGACUCCUCAUACACGCCUGCUGCUGCUACUGCUGGAAUAAAUGUUAAGAGUUAAUGUUGACGAUGAGCCUGUUUUCUAAAAACGACCUGUUGGAAGUGUUUCUCCAUGAUCCUGCCUCUUGGUAAAUGUUUAUGGGAGAUAUUAUUUCGCCGCUUGGUUGCCAUGGCAGAAAGGGAAGGUGUCUGAGUGGUGUCAACUUUAUUCACAUGGCGCUUUUCUCGCUCUGAACGCAGUCUGCAUGUAAAUGUGCUGGAGAUAAACAGCUUCACAUCGCAUUGAGGAACUCCGGGAGAGUUUGACGACGUGGGACAUCGAGUGCAUAACUGUUUUCGCCUGGAUAAGAUCAAAACAACGAUUUGACUGACAGCCGCCAUCAUUCCGUGCUGCAAGGGCGACCCCAAAAUGUCUUCCAACGGUGAUCUGCAAGACGUUGGGAGCUGGGACAGCUUCUGGGAGCCUGGGAACUACAAGAGGACGGUUAAGCGCAUUGACGAUGGCUACAAGCUAUGCAACGAGCUGGUCAGCUGCUUCCAGGAGCGGGCCAAGAUUGAGAAGGGCUAUUCCCAGCAGCUGAGUGACUGGGCCAGGAAAUGGAGGGGUGUUGUGGAGAAAGGCUCACAGUAUGGGACUCUGGAAAAGGCCUGGCAUGCUUUCAUGAAUGCGGCAGACAGACUGAGUGAGAUCCAUAUGGAACUAAAAGAGAAACUGGUGGUUGAGGACAGUGAAAAGAUUAGAAACUGGCAGAAGGAUGCCUUCCACAAGCAAAUGAUUGGUGGAUUCCGUGAGACCAAAGACGCCGAUGAAGGCUUCCGCAAGGCCCAGAAACCCUGGGUCCGAAAACUGAAGGAUGUGGAGUCCACCAAAAAAAGUUAUCACCAAGCCCGGAAGGAAGAGCGCACGGCAUUGACACGUGAAACUCAUGCCAAGGCCGACCCCACCAAAUCCCAAGAGGAGGUCCGCAAGUUCACAGAUCGCCUGGAGAAAUGCACCCAGGAGGCAGAGAAGGCUAAGGAGCGUUAUGAGAGAGCCCUGGACGAGCUGAAUCGCUGUAACCCACGUUACAUGGAGGACAUGGAGCAAGUGUUUGAAAUCACCCAGGAAGCAGAAAAGAAGAGGUUGCGCUUUUUUAAAGAAGUUCUUCAGGACAUACACCAGCACAUGGACCUCUCCAGCAAUGAUGGAUUCCGAGCCCUGUUCCGAGACCUCGGCCAGACCAUCAACAUAGCCAAUGACACGGAGGACCUCAGGUGGUGGAGGAACACCCAUGGGCCCGGCAUGAGCAUGAACUGGCCGCAGUUUGAGGAGUGGUCACCAGAAGCGCAUCGAUCCAUCAGUCGAAAGGAAAGAAACAGUCAUUCUGAUGACGUGGUCACUCUGACUAAUAUUGUCUCGGCGGGAGACGAACCCCCGCAGACCCCACAGGAAACUACAAGGGCGGGUAAAGACUACUCCUCGGACUGGUCUGAUGACGAGAGCCCCAAAAAAUACAUCGCAGCCAACGGGGUGGACGAGGAGGAGAAGGUAGUCGGGGUUCGCGUUAGAGCGCUGUAUGAUUACACAGGGCAGGAGGCUGAUGAGCUGAGCUUUAAAGCAGGUGAAGAGUUAAUGAAGCUGGGUGAGGAGGACGAGCAGGGCUGGUGUAAAGGACAGCUGACCAGCGGAGAGAUGGGCCUCUACCCUGCUAACUACGUCCAAGAAAUCGCAUCCUGAGAACCCGCUCUGCCCCGGGCGAGACCCCCACCUUAUUUGUGGCAGCCGUAAGGUCGCAUCACAUCGAACCACGGAAAUUGCCACAAAACCAGAUGAUGGAUCGAAUGCCAUGUUACGCGAGAAGAUUAGUGAGGAGUGCACAGUGUUUUAUUUUGGAUUUUUGCUGACAUGCUAGAGGACUUUAAGAAUAGUUAGUCCCCCUUUGUUCUCGGGCUUAAUGAAAGAUCAGUGCCUUUAUUGUAAAAUGCCAGAGACAUUCACAGCACUGCUAUUAAUGCAGCACACGGAUGAAUGGACACAUUUAAUGUCUGGACAAAAAUCUGCCACCAUUUUGUUCACGUGUGAAUCGCCACCGGCGGGGGUGUUUUGGAAGAUCAGUGACCCUUCAUCAUCGCAGUCCUCUUAUUAUUUUAGCAUUUCACAUUUCAGAUAUGUAUCAGAAUCAUUUCAAGUAUUUGAUCAAAUCUACGCCGACGUUCUUUAUGUUCAGGUUUUGCGAAUCUUUCAUGAGAAGCGUGUUAGUGUGUUGAUAUAUUUUGUAUAAUAUGUUAGAUUGCUAUAGUGAACAAUUUUUUUUCCAGUAGUUCAGAAGUGAAGGAUUCUUCAUUGCAUAUUUACGUUUUCACAAAGAUAUAUGGAUUUAUAAUAUACAAAGUAUCACUGGGCAGAUGCUCUUAGCUGCCCUUUGGAGUCUUGAGAUUCUAAAAUCUAGUCAGUGGGAUCGUUUAACUUUUUUAAUGCUUCUUUUUGUUUUUAUUUGGAGCGCAAGAAUGUUUCUGUUGUUAAAUGAUAAAAAGUAUGAGAGAGGGCAAAACCUCUGGGCUUCUUGUGGUCUUGUCCAGGUGCGUGUGUGAGCGGUCAUGAGAAAUAUUCCCAUUUCCACACGCUCUGCCUCCAACGUGCCCCACUGUGAACAUGGUUUUACAUGAAUCUACUGUAACCGCCAAUACUAAUCAAUGUAAAAAAUACCAAAUAAACGUGAAAGAGAUUCUUA